CCAGGCAAGUUUGAGCCUCGACACUUCAAUGUAUGCCGCUCUUCAACGGCCCAUUCAUCCUUAAGCUUAAGCAGUCGGUUGGACAAUCCCGCUCUCGUCUGGCAAUUUUGGGAUAGCAGACCAAGCGGUCUGCUUGUGACGGGAAGCAUUCGCUGGCUGCCUUGUCCUCGCGGUCCAUCACAUCUAAUCCACACACACGAAGAUGUGCGACUUCACCCAAGCCAUCACUGCGGCCUGCGCUCACCGUCCACCAUCACCUCCCUAUCUUGCGCCUAUAGGACAGGAGUCGCCUUGCGACUGCCCCCGUCAAACAAGCCAAAUAGCGGGGCACAGGCUUUGAAAACUGCAGAAAUUUGGAAUCGGCCGGCCAGGCGACCAGCCGACAGGCAAAACAGACAGACAGAUCAUGGAACAGCCGCCGCCGCAAUCAUCGCAGAUUAGCUCUCACUUCCAGGUCGAGCCGGUCUCUGGGGCGACCCUAUUUGAACAAGAGGCGAGGCGCAGGGACGCGCUGGCGCGGCGCGGCCGGUGCCUCACCGGAUGUCGCGAGCUGGACGACCAAGUGCUCCUGGGCGGGUUCGAGAGGGGUUGCGUUAUCGGCAUCAGCGCCGAGGACGAGGAUGUGGGCUUGCUGAUCGGGCUCCAGACUGUGGCGAGGCUGUUUGUCGACAAUCUCAGGACUGGACGGGGCACGGUGCCGCGGGCUACGGUCAUCACGACGCUCUCUGUUGGGGCACUACUGCCAACACUGCGGGACACGUUUACGGCACAGCUUGUGGCGCAGGGCCAGAAGCCUGGGAAGGGCAGUGAGCUCCUGAAGCGGUAUCUGGAGGCGAUUUCGAUUUCCCGCGUCUUCGACGUCUCCGGGCUGUGGGAGGCCCUUGAAGAGCUGAAUAGUAUGUCUUCCCAUGACAAGCCGCCUCAAGAGCCUUCGAGUCGCCAACAGGCCGCCGAGGAAGAGGCGAUCGCUGCCUCCCAAGCCGCCCACACGGAUGAGAGGGAUCAACAGGAAGAAGCAAAUACAUCAGAACUAUCGUCAAGCCCGCUGUCAGAUCCUCCAAGCAGUCUACCGGAUGAUAUGGAAUUUGUGGAGGCAAAGCCCAGGAAGCCGUCACCCGGUGAGAGAAUAGAGAUCGCAGAUAGUGAGGACGAGGAUGACCUUUGUUCUCCUAUGAGUCGAGCGAAAACGUCGCCUGAGCCAGAAGCACAAGGACUGGUGGUACCUGCGGAGAAUCGAUCCUCCAAGGAAAAUGAGGCGAGCAUCAACCAGCCCGACAUCGAUCAGUCCGAGACGGAGGCAGAUUCACAACUUCCAGAUAUAGUACUGAUAACACACAUGUCUACAAUUCUGUCGUCCCUCUUUCGCCUACGAGAGAAAGAGACAGCCCACCAGACGGUCCAGAUCCUCUCCUCUCAGCUACGCUACCUAUCACACUCACCCAAACACGGUGGCCCACUCACCAUCAUCCUCAACUCGACAACAAGUUCGCAAGAAGCCCUUUCUGAUCGCCACAGCAGAAGUCCAGGCCCAGGGCAAGAGGCACCGAACUCGAGAGGCCCGAGCGGGAGGACCCUGGACCCCACGCUCCGCUCCAUCUUCAACCCCCCGCCGCUCCCGACCACCGGCCUGGGAUACGCGCACGACACGCCGCUCUCGCGGCGCAACAAGCCGUCGUUUGGGCUUAUCUUCGCCCAGAUGCUGGACAUGCACCUAAUGUGCUCGCGCGUGCCCCGGACGAGGGUGGACGCCGAGGCGCUCUUCGGCCCCCCAGGCAGGGUGGCGGGCGAGGGUAGCAGGGUAAGGUACGGCUGGGCCGUGGAGGUGCUGCUGGACGAGGUGGGCGUAUGGGAGGGCGAGGGCGAGGGCGAGGGCGAGGGCGAGGGCCAGGGGCCGGCGCACCGCCCACCGUGGGGCACGAGGAGGGCUUCGAGGGAGCAGCGAUGGGGCGCUGUGGAUGUUAGGAGGGACGGGGAUGGGACGAGGGUCGUGGAUGCGUUUGGGGCCGGGCAGAAGCCUGUGCCCGAUGUUGUGCUCUCUGCUGGGUUGGGCGGGAGGAGAGGAUGAAGGGGCCUGCGAGGUCAUUGGGCUGGGCAUUGCUUGGCAUUGCCUCGAUGGGCAACCUGGUAGAUAUCCGGUACCGUAGUGCAGUGUCCAACGUACUGGAUGGUCCCAAUUCUUUGCCUUGCUUCCCAAGAACCCAAGCGAAUCUCAUUGCUCUCUAGUGUACCACAGUAGGUCAUGCCCAAGGGCGUGUCCGAGGGCGUGUCCAUCGGCAAUGCCACCCUAGAGUGUGUCGUCUCGGGAGUGUAUCGAAGAUGGACAGAUGCAAGUAACGUAUCGUAUUCUGCUGGCCCAGAGUCGUCGAUAAUCAAG